AUGGAAGGCGUGGUCAGCGAACCGUCUGCGAUUCCACAGUUUCAUUCUUCGGGAAGUUUUCGCGAGGUAAAACAAAGUGAUGCAGAAUAUGGCCUCCGUAAAUGUCUCACGACUAUGAACUUGGCCACUCCUGAAACGGACCGCUCUGAUACCCUAAUUGAUGAAGCGACGUUUUUAGAGCUUUACAAGCGCUUUGUUGAUCAGCAGCAUGAAUACAUUGACUGGAUGGAGAUUAAACAAAUGGACGAAUCUCAGAUCAGAAACUAUGAGGAUAUCGGCAUGCCUGAGGAGAGGGACAUCAUCAAUGGCCUUUCGCACCUGGUGGUAGUCAAGUUGAAUGGGGGACUUGGCACGAGUAUGGAAUGCUGUGGCCCCAAAUCACUUAUUUCUGUUAGCGAUGAGCAAACAUUUUUGGAUUUAACUCUACAACAGAUCGAGACCCUUAAUUCAAGGUAUAAUUUGGAUAUCCCUUUGGUCUUGAUGAAUUCUUUUAACACACAACAGGAUACUGAUGCGUAUUUGAGAAGAAUAACGAAAAUGAAUGCUAAGAUAUAUACUUUUGAACAAAAUAGGUUUCCAAGACUAAGUGAAGAAACAGGCCUUCCGUUCGCGAAAUCAAUGCAACUCGAAAGCCCUCAUGAUCCUGCUUGGUACCCCCCUGGACACGGUGACAUCUACCGUUGUUUGGAUGAAUCAGGUUUGUUAAAAAAAUUUAUAAAGGAAGGCAAAUCGUGGAUGUUCGUCUCAAACAUCGACAACCUUGGAGCUACACCCGAUCCAGUCAUUCUUUGCUGGCUGGAAGAACAAAAAACAGUAAACGGCCCAAAUCAAGCUGAUUUCGUCAUGGAGGUUACCGCGAAAACGAAGGCUGAUCACAAAGGUGGAACACUGGUCCACUACAAGGGUGAAUUACGGUUGCUUGAAUUGGCACAGGUACCGAAAGAACACAUGAAAGAUUUUCUCAGUCCAAACAAAUUCAACAUAUUCAAUACCAACAAUCUAUGGAUUAAUUUGGAAUCAAUGAACUCUCGAAUAAGGACCAAAACGCUACAAAUGGAUCUUAUUGUUAAUCGGAAGGCUCUGAAGAACGGCAUGAGAAUAAUUCAACUCGAGGAAGCGGUAGGAGCAGCAAUCCGAAGCUUCAAAAAACCGAUGGGACUGAAGGUCCCGCGAAGUCGGUUCCUGCCUGUAAAGAAAACCUCAGAUUUGGUUCUCCUUAAGUCCGAUUUAUUCAGUUCAUCAGACGGGAAUCUCAUCAUAUCUCCAUACCGCAGCAUUUCGACACUGCCCAUUGUGAAUCUAAGCAAACACUUUCAGAGUGUUCAAGAUCUUCAUCAGCGCAUUCCCAACAUCCCAAGCAUGAUCGAGCUAAAUCACCUGACUGUUUUCGGGGAUGUUACAUUCGGUAAAAAUGUUGUGCUAAAGGUUGGAUUUUACAACGCCACGGUAAAUUUAGGCAAAAUGGGCAAGGAGUCUGAGCAAGAACUCAGUAGGUAUCCGGAAACCUGCGGGACUAAAGCGGCCGAGAUCUAUGCCGGCACAGUAAUUAUAAUUGCUCAGGACAACGAGCACAUUGACAUCCCCGACGGGUCGAUUCUCGAAGAUCAGGUAGUAACAGGAAAUUUGCGGAUAGUGGAUUAUUGA